GGGCCUCUUGUACAUGGACAGGUACAUGAAGAACAUGUACACUAUGUUCCCUGAAUUGCUAUUAGUUGACGCCACAUACAAGCUAUUAGAUCUUAGAAUGCCAGUGUAUCUGCUUCUAUGUGUGGACGGAAACGGCUUCAGCGAAAUAGUGUGCAUGUUUUUCUUGGMCGAAGAAACGAAAGACGUAAUUGAAGCUGCAGUGAAUGCAUUUAAGAAGUUCUGUCCGGCUUGGAUUAACACUCAUGUUGUCAUGUCUGACAAGGACUUCACGGAAAGAGAGGCCUUUACAAAGUGUUUCCCCCAAGCAUCGUUGAACAUAUGCUUAUUUCACACUCUAAGAUCUUUUUCAAGAGAAAUUACAUGUGAAAAAAUGGGCAUCACCUCUGGUGAAAGGAAUCGUUCCUUGGAAAUUUUGACGAAGAUGGCCUACUCAAGAACACGUAGCGAGUAUGCUAAAUACCACCAAGAACUUGAUUCGAUCAGUAGGUCAGUAAGAAUAUAUAUARAUAAGAACUGGACUCCAAUUAAGGCACAAUGGGUGUCUUGUUUUAAGGACUGUACAUUAAAUCUCGGAGAAACUACAAAUAAUCGUCUGGAGUCCACAUUCAGCAAAAUCAAAUCUGUCUGCAGCAAAUAUGCCAGCAUCCUACAAUUUUCCCAUGAAUUCCUUUCUGUCCUUAAUGUACUGAGAAGUGAAAGAAGCCAUCACUAUGUUAUGUCCAUUGUCCGUAAGCCUAUCAAGAGUAAGUGCCAUCAAGAUCUUCAACAAUAUUUAAAUUUUCUGACACCAUAUGCCUUUAAAUAUGUAGAGGAGCAAUUCAAUCUAUCAUCAAAAAUGCAACCAGUAACAAAUGACACAUUACAAAAGACAUUUUCAUUCAGCUCUUCGAGAUCAUUUAACAACAAUGAYAAUUUUACAACAACAAGUUCCUCAUGUACAUGUCCCUUCCAAAACAAAAUGGCCCUUCCUUGCAAACAUAUCUUUAAGGUGAGAAAUAUUCUUAACUUGUCUUCAUUUGAGCCAAGAACUGUUCAUCAACGGUGGACAAUGACUUAUUACAGAACACUUCGAGAAACACCUUCUCAAAAUCCAUAUGCGAUACCAUUACGGUAAAUGAAGUCACACUGCCGUCAAACAGUGACAAAAGAAAAAUAAUGACGCAGGCGCAAAAAUUUUAAAAAGGACUACAACUGGGUCAACAAUUGGCAUCUUUAAUAAGUGAAGGAGGAAUGCCCACAUACUUAGAAAG